GCUUUGAGAGCUGGGUAGCGUUUGGUGGAAUUGAUUUAGAUGCCGUUGUUCAAGACUUCUGCAAGACCCCCGAUGAGUGGCGAUUGAACCUAAAGAUGGUGAAAAUUAAGAGUCAGGAAUUUGUCAAAAUGAACAUUGAAGAGGAAAAGUUCGAUUGCAUAACUGUGAGUUAUGCUCCGAUCAAGUCGUACAUUGAUUACCUGCUGUCAGAAAUUAACAGCACUUUGGUUCGAGUUCUGCAGAGAACCAUAUCGCAGGAUGCAUCCAGAAUACAAGUGUUUAUCCAGGAGUCAACAAGCGCUUUACUCAGAAGGUCGCAAACGGUUGAGGAAAUGACCGAAUCAAUCAUAAAGUUUGAAGAAAUCAAAUUGACUAAAUCUGAGCUUCGUAGUGUCUACGAGCAGAACGAGGUAAAAAACGAGAUCCUCGGCCGUUGGAGCCGUAAAAGCGUUAAGGAACUGAGCCAACUAAACGCUCAGUGGGAUACUCUGGAUCGCCUGCUAGAAGAUUUCGAGGUCAGCGUGAAGGAACAGACCGAAAUUCUAAGGGCUAACGUCCUAACAAAGAUGCAUAAUUUUGACAGUGAUGUCAUUCGAUUUGGACAACGUUGGAAAAACAGUCGACCAAAGAAGCAGGACAAUCCUGGACAAACCGCACAGCUUCUUAAAGAGUUUCGGCUGGAGCUUAAUGCCCUGCUAAAAACUAAAACAGAGCUCAUGGACGAAACUGUGCACUUCGGUCUGAAACCGCCCGAUAUUGUCGAGUUAGAAGCAAUGGCAAGGGCAUUUGAUGAUGAAGAAAAAGUAUGGCUGAUGUUCGAAGAAUUUGAAAACGAUAUUAAUAAGGUGGCCGACGAGGAGUGGGUUGUGGUCAGGGGCCGUCUACAUCGUUUCGAGAGUUUAUUAGACGAUUGGAGUCGUCGUCUGAAGGAUAUCGAGGAAAGUGCCGUCGCUGAUCCAUUAUUCGCUCAGAUUGAUUCUUACAGAGAGAUGCUCAUUGUCCUCAAGUUCUGUAAAGGCGAAGAGUUUUCAGCGCAACAUUGGGCAGAUCUGUUCAAUCUCACUCAGAUUCCAGUGAAAACCGUCGACAAACUGCUAUUUAGAGAUUUCCUACAAGCAAAGGCAGCUUUGCUGAAUAACGCGGAUCAACUCAAAGACCUCAACAAUCGUGCCCAUGGUGAGGUGACCAUCCGGGAAGCUUUUAACGAGUUGGAUUUGUGGUCAAAUACGGCCAAAUUUACACUCGUGGAACAACGGGACUCCCGCGGAGAACUGCUUGUGCUAAUCCGUGACUGGGCCGAGGUGACUUCGAAAAUCGGUGACAACCAAUGCCUGCUUCAGGCCAUGAAAGACUCAAUAUUCUACUCAAAUUUUGCUGACCGCGCUAAUAUCUGGGCCCAGCGUCUCUCCACACUCGACACGGCCCUUUACAUUAUGCAACAGGUUCAACGACGAUGGACAUAUCUCGAUCCAAUUCUGGGCCAAGGGGCCCUUCCGAGUGAAUCCGCCAGGUUCAAUUCAAUUAGCGAGGAAUUCAAGAACCUUAUGCGUACAAUUCAGCGCGAUUCACGGGUAGCGCUUCUAACAAAUCAAAUGGGAUUGGUAGAAUCGUUGACCAAUAUGCUGGACCAGCUAAAUCGCUCACAGAAGGCCCUAAACCAGUAUCUCGAAGUGAAGCGGUCCUUGUUUCCACGAUUCUACUUUUUAGGCGAUGAAGACCUUCUCGAAAUCCUUGGACAAGCCACACGACCGCAGAUAAUACAGUCGCACCUUAAGAAGCUGUUCUCUGGUAUUCACCGGGUAGAGUUUAACGACGGAGGGGAAGGUGGUCUGCAAAUCGAAGCCAUUAUUUCUCAGGAAGGCGAAUCAGUUCGGCUGGAGCAACCGAUAAGGGUAGUUCGAGAGGUCGAGGUAUGGCUAUCACAACUUGCCAAAGAAAUGCAGAGCACGUUACGGAAUAUGGCCUAUCGAUGCUUUUGUCACGAGGCCAAGGAAGUUGGCCUCGAUGAAUUUCCGUCGCAGGUACUCUGCUUAUUCGAAAUGUUGUGCUUCACUCGGGAUUGCGAGAAAGCGAUUGCAUCGAAGCAGCUUGAUAAGUUCCGUGCAAAGUUGACGACGAAGCUUUCGUCCCAUACAUCUCGAUUAGGAAUCCUCACAAACCAUGUGAAUUCCCUCAAGCUUAAAGCGCUUGUGCUCGACAUCACCCACAAUAUGGAGGUCGUUGAACAGCUUAUCGAGCAUAACGUUACCGCGUUAAGCGACUGGUGCUGGCAGAAGCAACUGAGAUUCUACAUGAAAGAGGACAAUCGUUCAGUUUGCGUUCAUAUGUUAGACGCGGCCUUUGACUACACGUACGAGUAUCAAGGGAAUGUGCCAAAGCUGGUGCAAACGCCACUAACCGAUAAGUGCUUCUUAGCACUUAUGCAAGGUAUGAAAAUGGGAAUGGGCGGCAAUCCUUAUGGUCCAGCCGGAACAGGAAAGACGGAAUCGGUAAAAGCGCUGGGUUCGGCCCUCGGAAGGCAAACGCUGGUCUUCAACUGUGACGAGGGGAUCGACGUCAAGUCCAUGAACCGAAUUUUUAUAGGAUUGGUAAAAUGCGGAGCCUGGGGUUGUUUUGAUGAAUUCAACAGACUCGAAGAAGGCGUACUGAGUGCCCUAUCCGUUAACAUCCAGGCCAUCCAAAACGCUCUCAAGGACAAAAAGAAAAUAGUCCACUUGUCUAACCAACAGGUGGACGUUAAUCUAAAUGCCGGCAUCUUUGUUACCAUGAAUCCGGCCGGUAAAGGUUACGGCGGCCGACAGAAAUUACCCGACAAUCUUAAACAGCUUUUUCGACCUGUCGCGAUGACCGUCCCUGAUAAUGUUGUUAUUACUCAAGUGUUGCUCUACGCCGAAGGAUUCAAAUACUCCAAUGUACUUAGUACCAAACUUGUAGCCGUCUUCACUCUGGCUAAAGAGUUUCUCUCGGAGCAACAACAUUAUGACUGGGGACUGCGUAGUCUCAAAAGCGUUAUCCAGGCGUGCGGCACUCAGCUGCGUCACGCUGCCCUCAGUAGAGAAUGUAGAGAACAGGAUGAGUCGGCAGUCAUUAUUCGGGCGCUUCGUCUUAAUACCCUAUCGAAGCUUGCCUAUCGAGACUGCCAGCUGUUUGAUGACCUCCUCUGUGACAUCUUUCCUGGAAUAGAGCUAGAAGACUUCUCCAACGAUGAACUUGCACAGACCUGCCGUGAGGCCUGCGAAGAACUUCGUCUUGAGGUGGAUGAGAAACAGGUUAAAAAAAUGGUGGAGUUAAGCGAACAGUUACGACAAAGGAUGGGGGUGGUGGUUGUAGGACCAGCAGGCUCCGGGAAAUCUACGCUUUGGAAAACGUUAAAGGUUGCCCUUCUCAAGCAAGGCAUAGAUAUUAAAACACACGUCUUUAAUCCUAAGGCCAUGGGCCGAGCUCAACUUUUAGGCAGAGUCGACCUUGACACGAGAGAGUGGCACGACGGAGUGCUCACCCUGUCUGCUAGACAGGUAAUAAAAGAAGAGCAUUCUACGAAUUCGUGGAUAAUUUGUGAUGGUGAUGUGGAUCCGGAAUGGAUUGAGGCGCUCAAUUCUGUUCUCGACGAUAAUCGUCUACUAACAAUGCCCUCCGGAGAGCGCAUUCAAUUUGGACCGAAUGUGAACUUCCUCUUCGAAACACACGACCUGUCGCACGCUUCGCCGGCAACCAUUUCGCGUAUGGGUAUCAUACAUCUAAGCGCGGAAAAUAUAAACCCGGCCAACAUCGUUUCGGCGUGGCUAAAGAAAGAAAGGCCCGACGUGCAGUUGGCGCUCAAACCACUGUUGGAUAGUUACUUCUUUAGCUGUCUUGACUGGGUAGUAAAACGUAACGAGAAUGCUAUCACAACCACUAGUGUUGGAACCUCUGUUAGUGCAUUGUCACUACUGCAUGGCGUUAAAUCCAAGGCUGAGUUUACGGCUGCCCUCCUGCAAGGCUUUGCUGCGAAUCUGAAGCCUUUGGCGAGACAGCCUUUCGCUAAGCUCGUGCUCACAACGAUGAAUGAGAUGAUCCCUGACCCCAGCAAGGCUGAAUUUACGUUCUAUAACAGGAAGCGUGACCGCCUCGAUGUUUACAGCUUUACCGACACAAAGAGCGUUGACAUCUCAGCUCUCACAGGACCGAUAAACAGGAUCCCCGUCAUUGAGACGAUCCACCUUCAACGAGCUGCGGACAUUCUGAUUUCCUGGCUGGACCAGCUCAAACCUAUUAUUAUUGCUGGCCCUCAAGGCUCGGGGAAAUGUCUUCUGGUUCGACACUGUUUCUCUAAGUUAUCAUCAACUUCAGUCCAGAUGGCUAUUUUGUACUGUUCAUCGCAGACGCAGCCAUCACAUGUUCAUCACAAACUUUUACAACACUGUAUUACCGUAAACUCGGGCAGUACAAGCAAGGUCCUUCGGCCGAAAGAUAGUGAAAAAUUAGUUUUUUUACUUAAAGACAUUGAUGUACCGAAAAAAGAUAAAUGGGGCACUUGUCGGUUGAUCGAAUGGCUCCAACAAAUAGUAAACUACGGAGGUUUCUAUGAUGAUUGUCUGAAUUGGAUAGCUUUCGAGCGAAUUCAGUUUAUCGCAACGGUCACUGAUCGGGCCCAAAUUUCGACUCGACUUACUUCUAUAUCGCUAAUUAUUUCACUCGAACAUCCUGACCGCGAGGAGCUGACCCAAAUCUAUUCAACCCUCAUAUCGCCUGUCCUCAAAGAGUCGUCCAUGGAUCAAAAUAUCGUAGCGACUGCCAUGGCAAACGUGCUUACAAGGAUACGAAAAAAGUUUACAAUAGAUUCUCGAAAGCAUUACGUUUUUACUGCUCGAAACUUAACCACGUGGGCCCGUGUUAUGACAAGAUACACAAAAUCCGAAGGUGAACUUCCUGUGGUUUGGUGUCACGAAGCAUUGAGAAUAUUUGGUGACUCGUUGGCCACUGACGCUGAUAUGAAGGAUUUCCUUACGUUAUUUGCUGAAGUCCUCGAUAACGAUCUCGGUAGUGGAUAUAAAAAUGUUCUGGUCGACUUGCUGACAAAGGAGUCAUUUUUUGUAUCUUCAGAUGGCUUUUCCGGGCCUUUAGGUCGAUAUCUCAUUAAACUUCAUUCUAACGAUUGGGAAGCUAGCCUGCAAAAAGUUUCAACACGAUACGCAAGUGAAAUCCGCCAGAUCAAACCUGUGUUUCACGACGAUUUCCUAUACUUAGCUGCUAAAAUUGAUCGUCUACUAACACAAAACAACAAUUCAUUACUUCUUGUCGGACAACCUGGUAUUGGCAGGCGGUUAAGCGUUUCACUGUUGGCCCACCUUUACGACUAUAUGUUUGUGACUCCUAGAACCACACUAAGCUACUCAAUGGUCAACUUUAACAACAGUCUAAAGAUUGCGCUACAAAAUGCAGGAAUUGAGAGGAAACCGACCAUUCUAUUUAUUGAGGAAUACCAGAUUGAAAAUGAAGAGUUCUUGGACACAAUUUGUGGCGUCCUGGCAUCCGGAGAACUCGCUGGACUGUUUGCCCCGCAAGAGCUGGAGUCUCUCAAAGAGGUGGCAUCGGAUGAAGGCUUCCGUGGUGGAGUGUUUGCAUAUUUUUCUGAAAAGGUUAAGCAGAACCUGCGUGUAAUUAUAAGUAUGAAUUAUACUGACCCGCGGUUUGACAGAAGAAUCGAGGACAAUCCAGCGUUGUAUAAACAUUGCUGUGUUAUCUGGACAACCGAAUGGAGCACCGAGACUAUGGAGCGAAUGCCCAUGCUAAUAAUCGAGUCUAACGACCGGCCUAAAACAGCGAAUUCGGAUCGUCGAACUGUGGACGCAUUCUCCAAGCUUUUCUGCAAAAUUCACAAGAGCGUCAGCGAAGAUUACUGCUCGCCUAGAACGUAUCAAACGUUUAUUAAGGCGUAUGAUAGUUUGUACCAGCUGAAAUACACAGAAUUAAAACAAAGGAAAAAUCACUUAAAAGCAGGAGUGGAGAAACUUGAUGAGGCAAAGGAGACCGUCAACAAACUUAGAGCAGACGCGAAGAUCCAAGAGGACUUGCUUGUAAAGAAAAGAGCUGAGGCCGAUGAAGCUCUGAAGGCUAUUACCGAUAGCGUGUCGAGAACCACCGAGCAACGAACGGAAAUGCAAAUAUUACAAAAGAAGAUGGUAAUCGAGAAUAGGAAACUUGAACAAAGAAAGAAGGAAAUUGAUACUGAACUCAGCGAAAUUGAGCCCCUGAUUAGUCAGGCCAAAGCAGCAGUCGGUGGUAUUAAGGCUGAGUCUCUUUCAGAGAUCCGAUCACUUAGAGCUCCACCAGAUGUCAUCCGAGACAUUUUGGAAGGCGUGUUGAGCCUAAUGGGCGCCAAUGAUCUCUCAUGGGUUGCAAUGAAAAGCUUCCUCUCAAAGCGGGGCGUGAAAGACGAAAUAAUGAACUUUGACGCUCAUCAAAUUACAUCCGAUAUCAGACAGAAUGUCGAGACACUCCUACAGAAGCGUGCCACUUCGUUCGAUCCUAAAAAUGCUAAAAGAGCUUCGGCUGCAUCUGCACCUCUGGCCGACUGGGUACGCGCAAAUGUUAAGUAUGCGGCGGUACUUCAGAAAAUCGAACCACUCGAAAGAGAACAAGCCGAACUGACGAAAAAUCUUCAACAGUCUCAACAAAGAUCCAAGGAUCUCGCGUCUGCCCUUCGAGGUGUCGAUAAACAAGUAGCUGAACUUAAAGAGCAGCUAAACAAGCUGACGACCGAAGCAGCUCAAAUCGAAAUUGGUCUUAAGGCAGCCCAGGAUACGUUGAACGCUGCGGAAGGAUUGGUGGCACAAUUACAAGACGAAUACUCCAGAUGGCGGCAACAACUAAGUGAUAUCGAUACUCAAUUGCAAGACCUGCCUCUCCGUUGCCUUAUGGCUGCAGCGUCUGUCAUCUAUUUGGGUCAGCUUCCAGAAGACGUUCGGCAGAGCUUGCUGACCACGUGGUUGAACACUGUGAAACUUUCUAGCGAUUUUGACACCAGCAAGUUCCUAUGCUCUGAGCAAGAAAUACUUAUUUGGAGGCAAUAUAACCUCCCCUCCGAUAAGCUAUCUGUGGACAAUGGUGUAUUUAUUAAGAGCUCACCGAUAGCAACGUUUCUUAUAGAUCCGACGAACUGUGCUCUGAAAUGGCUUCAAUCGUACAAGACAAAAAUAGUCGAGGUCGUUGCUCAGAACGAAGAUCGCUUCCUGACAGUGCUGGAGCUGGCAAUACGUUUUGGGAAAAUGCUAAUAAUUCCCCACACACAGACAGUCGCUCCCGUUCUUAUCCCCCUUCUGCGUAAAGACCUUAUAGCGCAAGGCUCCAGAUCAAUGGUGCAGCUUGGCGAUAAACUUGUAGACCUGAAUGAGGAUUUUGAACUAAUUCUUCACACCCAGAACCCUUUGACGGUACUACCACCUUACGUAAAUUCUCUGGUGCAGGUUGUCAACUUCUCAAUUACUAAAGCAGCAUUAUCCGAGCAACUUCUUGACAAAAUUAUCCACAAUGAAAAUCCCGAUUUCGAGAAAAAACGAAUGGAGCUCAUUAGAAAUCAGGAAACGAUGAGGGUUGAACUUGCGAAAAUGGAAGACGAGCUUUUAAAUCAGCUGGCGUCGUCUCAAGGCAGCCUGCUCGACAACAGAGUACUUUUGGCGUCAUUAAAUCAGAACAAACAGAACAGCAUUACAAUUGCAAACGCGCUUAAAGAAUCCGAGAAGCUGCAGGCUUCAGCGGAAUUCGAACGUCAUCAAUACUCUAAACUAGCAUCCUUCGCCAGUGAUAUGUUUUUUGUGACCCGAGACUUACGUCAUUUAUCACCAAUUUAUCUCUUCGACCUAAGCAAUUUUGUUGAAGUUUUCGAAAACGUUCUCCGAACUACGACUCGGUCACCGAACGUUGAGACGAACAUACAGGAACUCUGCAAUGAGCUUCAAAAGGCAACAUUUAUCAAUUUCAGUAGGGCUCUGUUCAAAGAAGACCGAAUUUGUUUCGCACUCCACAUCGUACGCAAAAUGCAGCCGGAACACAUUACAAAGAUGGAAUGGGACACGUUCAUGGGACUUUCCGAUACAAAAGCGGAAGUGUCAAAGAGCUCAGUACCCCCGUGGGUUGAGCCUGACCAAUUCCCUACGAUAGCUACCUUCAAAGCCAAUAACAUGGAUAUUUGGCCCUCCUUAGAACUGCAUAAUAGAGAUAUGUGGAGCCAGUUUGGCGCCAGUAGCAAAUGCGAGGAUGAGAUUCCAUCGCAACUUCGACUGAAGCCAUUUGUCGAGGUAUUGUUGAUAAAAGCUCUUCGACCGGAUCGUCUCUAUUCGAAGAUGAACGACUUCGCUGCAUCCGCUAUAAACGUCAAGGACCUAUCGGCGGGAAUCCGAUCACUGAAACGUGUUUUCGUCGAGUUGUCUUCUUCGACUGUGCCGAUACUGAUUCCGGUGCCAUCGGGGAUCGAUCCCAGUAUCGAGAUCGCUGAGGCAGCAGACAGUACAAUUGGCAGUGGAAAAUACACCCAGAUCUCUUUAGGCCAUGAACAGACUGUUGAAGCAAUUAAAGCGCUUAAAAGGUGUGCGGUCGAUGGCGAGUGGCUGUGCCUAACAAAUCUACACCUUGUUACGGCUUGGAUUCCGGUCCUACUCAAGGAGUGGAGUAUGUUAGAGCCGCAUUCCGAUUUCAGGUUGUGGCUUACCACCGAACCGAAAGAAACCAUUCCUCCGCAAUUGUUGGAAAUGUCUCUGAAAAUCGCCUACGAAACGCCUCCGGGUAUCAAACGUAAUCUGCAGCGAAUUUAUGAUUCAUGGAACCAGGAUACUGUGUACUGUCGAGGUAACCUUCAAGCCUCGCAGUGUAUCUUUGUUCUAGCCUGGUUCCAUGCCAUUAUUCAGCAACGCAGAGCCUACCUUCCUCAGGGCUGGUCCAAGGAGUAUGAUUUCUCUACAGGCGAUCUCAAAGCCGCCCUACAAGUCUGUCAGCAGCAAUUCUGCUCAGGGUCCGUCGAGUGGACCUAUCUUCGAGGUCUUCUCGAUGUCGCCAUAUAUGGGGGUCGAAUCGAAUCAGAGUUUGAUGCUCGUAUUUUGGCAGCCCAUAUUCAACGGCUGUUUAAUCCACUCGUCAUUACUGGUAACUCGAAAUCGAAAGGAGUUGCCCCAAACGUGUCUAUGCCGAUCAAUACCACAACGAAAGAGCACCUCAGGGUUAUCCAGGCCUUGCCCGAUGAGGACCGUCCCGUGUUCCUUAAUUUGCCCGCAAACAUCCAGCGUACUCAGCAGAAAGUUAAGGCAAAUGAAAUUAUCAGUCGGCUAAAACAAAUGAAUACUGCGAAAAUCGAGGGAAGAGUGGAAAAAACUAUAGAACGUUGGAGUCGUGGCGUCGGGCCGUUGCUUGCUUUUUGGAAAAAACUUAAUGAAGGACUGAAUAUCCACCAGCAGAAGUUGGACGAUUUUACUGAGGGGGACAGUCCUCUGGAGACGUUCAUGCUAAAUGAAUACAACGCGGCUAUUCGACUAGUUCAAUCGGUGCACUCAGAUCUUGCUGAGAUCAGUAAAACGAUCAGAGGCACCAUACUGGUUACAAACAGUUCGGCCUCAAUAGCAGAACAACUACUUAAACUGGAGACACCGCUGGAAUGGCAACGGCAAUGGAGUGGUCCUGAAGACCCAUACAACUACAUGCGUCAGCUAGUAUCUAAGGCGUCUGCCAUUCAGAACAAAUGGAUGUCUUCAUCGGGUUUUUCGUUUGACGCCAUUUUCGACCUCGCCGAACUCCUUCACCCAAAUAAGUUCCUUAAUGCUCUCCGGCAGCAGACAGCUAGGAUAACCAAGAGCGCCAUCAACAGCCUGCGUCUUGAUGUUUCGUUCCGGAAACCACUGUCAUGCCAGAUUCAGGUGGGCGCCACCACAAACAAUUGGUUAAAGUCGAGAAUUUGUUGAUCGAGGGGGCGGUCUUCGAUGGGACAUCAUUAUCAGAGUGCUUGCACAAAUCAGCCACAACUUCGUUAUUGCCCACCGCCCACU